UUCGUUGUUUCCUACGAAGAAGGAAGGAAUUACAUGAUUUCUCUAGAUUUAUGUGAGAAAAAAUCUGAAAAUCCGUUAGAAAAAACAAAAAUUGUGAUAAGCUUAACGGCAUUGAAUUUUUUAAAUUUUUUCAAUAGGAUUUCCAAUGACUGACUGACAAAAACACUUCUAAAUUGUUUUGAAUGAAGAAAUUUUUGAAAAUAUAAUUUUACUAUUCUUUCUCCUGUAAUAAGUUAGUCUUUUAAAAUGCAGCGCUAUCCAGAACAAAUGUCACCGACUCCUCGUAAACCUCCAAGAGGAAAGUACUCUCGGGAAACGUAUUCAACAUCUUCAUCCAGUAAUCUUUUAAUGUCAGUGAUAAAAACGUUAGAUGCUAGUGAAAAUAAUGAGGAACGAGAAAGAGAAAAGCUAAAAAUAGAAAAGGAAUAUAAAAAGUCAGAUAAGAGAUUAGCAGAGCUGGUUUCCCAACAUGAUUCAGAGUUAACUAAAACUAUGCAAUUAUUUUCAAAAAUAUCAGGAGAAGUGGAUUUUUCGCGAGAAAAAAUUCGCACAGUAAGAGAAAAUCUCCAAACAUGUAAGCAAUUGCUGAGGUGUCGUCGAGAGGAACUGAAGAAGCUCUAUACUGAUGCUGUGAAAAAUAAGAAUGUUAUGCAGUAUUUAGAUCAUAUCAAUGAACUUAGGAAUGUUAAUUCAACAAAAUUCGCUUCUACCUUGCAAAAGAAACAUUACUUGAAGGCUACAAAAAUGCUAAUGAAUGCUAUAGAAAUAUCAGAGAAACAGUUGAAAGCGGUCGAAGGUCUAGAUGAAUUACGUCAAGACUUCCUUAAUAAAAAAGUUCACUUGUACACAAGACUUGUUGAGGAAAUGAAUAAACACAUUUACCACUCGAGCACGACAGAAGUUUUAUCAAAUUUUCAACGUAACAAUUCAGCUCGUAUCAGUUCUAAUCAUAUUCAGUCGCCGUUUCAAAGAACGACAGUAAGAAAAUCAGCUGAUAGAAUUGAAGCAAACACAAAAGCAAAAAAAGCAUUGCAAGAAAUUUCACAGAAUGGAUAUGUUGAACAUGAUUUAGAGAUAAUAGACGACAUUACAUUGCUUGAUCCUGACAUUAAUUCCACUUAUUUUAUUGGUAUAAUUGUUGAAUGUUUUGCAUUGUUAAACAAAGUGCCUGAAUCUGUUGAAACAAUGAAAGUUCAGAUGCAAUUUGAAUUACUAGCGAUAGUUGAAAAGACAACUUCAUACAUUAUUGAUAUGCGACAACGUAAUGUUUUAGGACCAAAGUCAAUAGUUGAAAAUGGAGAAUUUAACUUGAUUGAUGUUCCUUUCUUAGAAUUACUUGAUCUUCUUUUUAAACAAUUCCAAUUGAUUGCUGUCGCACAUCAGCUAACAUUAAAGAAUUAUGGCAAUGUCAUAAAACGUUAUCAAUUAAAUGUUAAAUCAUACGACCUUACUGAUUUUUGGGGACAAGUGCAAGCCGUUCUUCAGCUUCUUUUGACUGAUUAUCUUGACAUUCAAAAUACUGGCGAUGACGAAAUAAGAAUAAGCUUUCCAGAGCAGCAAGUAAAUAUCAAUACAUUCUUUAGUCGACGAAAGAAUACAUCUAAAAAGACAUUAUUUCGUUUUGAUAAAUCCUCACAUACAACAGAUGUUGUCAAUUCUAAUUUACUCGACGUAGAGCAUCGAGGACAUUUAAGGAAUUUAUCAAAUGUUUCGACAUCGUCUGCAAAAGACAUUAUCACUUCAAUAAGCAGUAAGAAAAGGCGUGAAAAACUUUUUGUAUGUAGACCAGAUCCGUCUUUAAUAAGAAAGAUUUUCAUUCCAAUGUUAGCAUACAUCCAUACAAUCGAGAGUAAUGCAAAUAUGAAGAAAAAUGGACAAGUGUCGAGUCUUCAUGAUUUCCUUACAACAUAUGUUAAAGAGUCUUAUCUUUCGCGAGGACAUAAUCGAAAUUUGUCCAUGACAAUUGAAUCAUUAUCAAAGUCUCAAGAUGCAUGGAAAGCAAUCAUAACGCCCGAAGAAAUGAAGAAAUUAGGAUUAAAUCGACCAUUGCUUCAAUCGUGCCGAGUUGUUGAAAAUUUAAUUGUUGAGACAAAACAGCUUAUUCAGGACUUACCAUUAUAUCAUGAAGAUUUACUGAAAAAUGUUUGUUCGUUAUUGAAAACUUAUCGCGAAACGUGUCAAGCUGCAUAUCGUGGAAUUGUUCAACCGGAAACUGAGGAUAAGAGGAUAUACAGUGUGACGUGGUUGAAAGAUGAAGAUAUAAGUAGAUUCUUAAAAACUCUACCAAAUUAUCUCGAUUUAAAGACAGCUAAUGCGAAGGCAAAACGCGGAAGGCUGAAAACUGAAAUGUCAGAAGAUGACAGUCCAACACAAAUUCAACAGCGUAAUGUUCGUGAAGCAGAGAUGCUAACCAGCAAUUUAGGUGAUGGUGGAAUUUCACAUCAUGAGAUUUUAAGUGAUAUAGGAGUUUUAAAGGAGUUGGCAAUAUUACAAGAAAGCAUGGAAUGGUUUGCAUAUCGCAUCAACGAAUUUGCAACUGAUUUAAAGAAACCAAUUACUUGUGUAUCAAAAGGUGCAAACUUAUCUACUUUACCUGCAGAAUUGACACAGCCGAUUGUCAUUAAGGACGGUACUAUUAAGGUUCUAACAAAUUUGGCAUUAGAGUUUGAUGAGCUUGCUAAUAUUUGCUUACUGGUGCUUCAUUUGGAGGUUCGCGUUCAAUGCUUCCACUAUUUGCGAUCAAAUUCAUCUGAUAAAUUUAAAGACAAUAAUCCUAAUAAGAAUGAUACUCUUGAGCCUGAUACCAAAGUACUGAAACUCACUAAAGUCUUAUCAGAUCUCGAUGAGGCAUUUUCAUCCACUCUACAUCCACGCAAAACAAAGUACAUUUUUGAAGGGUUAGCUCAUUUGGUAGCUCGAAUACUCAUUAUGACAUCUAAUUCACUGGAAUCGCUAGAAAGUCAUGCGAUCCAGCAAAUGAUAAGGAAUAGUUUAGCAUUGCAGCAAACAUUAAGUUCUAUUACAGCUCAACGCGAGCAUCAAUUGGAUCAUGCACGAAAAUAUUAUGAAAUGUUAUAUAAGGAACCGGAUGAAAUCAUUAAAGAUAUAAAUGAGAAAGGGCCUAAUUAUAGUGAGCUUCAGUAUUUGCAAGCCUUUAAACUUAUUUGUCAAGGACGAACUAAUGAAAAUGGCGAAAAUUUGCUUACAAUCUAUCAACAAAAACUUAAUCAUAUACUAGGAACAAAACAGGCAUUUGGUGUGCAAGUUUAAAAAAAAGAAAAUGUAUCAUCUUCUCGCACUCUUUAGUUUUUUGUUUGAAGAGGAUUUAAAUGCUGUAAUAUUUAUGCUCUUUAUUCCGUUUUGUUAAUUUUUUAUUUGUAAAUUCUUCAUUUAAGUUAAUUAUGUUCAAUUAUUAAUGAUUAUGUUGUAUAUUAUAUUCUGUUCAUUAUAAAAACAACAAAAAUAAGAUUUUUUUUUAAUUGCUUGGUUAUUGACGUAUGUAUGCAGAUGCAGUUAGAUAAAAGUAAUGUGCGACCAAAUAAAAAAAUAGGCUUUGGCUGAUAAUAAGCAAAACAAUUAAUCUACAACAUAAAAAAAUUCAAAAUUAUAUAUUAGAAAUUGAAAAUGUCUCGUAGCCUUUGAAUGAUUUUGUUUCCGUGAUUCUGUGUUCAAGUUUUGGCAGAUGGAACUACAAUUUCAUGAAAAAAACGACAGAAAUUGAAUAAAUAAAAAUGUAUGAGUCACCGUAUAUUAAAAAGAAAUUAAAAUAAAAUCUUUUAAUUGUUUCUCGAUCAAUUCAUGACAGAUUCUUCUGAAAAAGUAUUUACGUUUCCGCCUAGUCACUCGUGACCUCCUCUCAG